AAACGAGCGAUUUAUCAGCAUGGGGAUUAUUAAUCGUCACCAUGAGCACAUGGCGGCUGGGUCGCAGAGGACUAUAAAGAUCCUCAACUUCUUCUCUCCUCAGUGACCCAGACAUUCUUCAAGCUCCAAUCUAUUGCUUUCUGACCUAAAGUCAAUCUACUCUCACCACUGCCAACAUGUGCCACAACGAAGUUGAACUCAACGGCUGGACCAGCGUUCCCGUCAACGCUGGUGCCAUCUUCAAGGAUCAGCCUUUCAUCACCGCACCUGACUCUCUCUCGAUUGACGAGAUCAACUUUCCUUCCGACGAUCCCGUUGUUGCAAAGACUCAGGAGUAUGCUCAGGCCGUUCUCCAUCCGCAGACCUUCAAUCACUCGAUGAGAGUUUACUACUAUGGGAUGGCCAUCGCCAAACAACAGUUCCCCAAGCAAGCCGCUACUUUCAGUCCUGCUACCUGGGCGUUGCUCUGUCUUCUGCACGAUCUCGGUACCGCCGAGGAGAACCUGACGGCCACCCGGAUGUCCUUCGAUCUCUACGGGGGCAUCAAAGCUCUGCAGGUCCUCAAAGACUUCGGCGCUACGACUGAUCAGGCCGAAGCAGUCGCCGAAGGGAUUAUCAGACACCAGGACAUGGGCGUAGACGGGACUAUCACCUUCUUCGGCCAGCUUAUCCAACUAGCGACCCUCUAUGACAAUGUGGGUGACCACCCCCACGUCAAGGACUUCAGCAGGAUCCUGCACGAUACCACACGGGAGGAGGUCAACCAGGCGCACCCGCGACAGCGCUGGUGCUCGUUCUUCGCGGACAUUAUCCGGAAGGAGGAGACCAUCAAGCCUUGGUGCCAUUCCACGCAUAUCGUGGAAUUCGACAGUCAGGUCGAGGGGAACACUCUGAUGAAGAAGUGGGAGUGAAUUUUUCGGGUUGUUGUUUGAUGUAUGCACGGAAGCUAUGAAUAUAUUUGAUUGCAUGAAGGUCAAUCUACACAAGUGUUACAUUGCCAACCCAUCUGGUUCGACUUCACGUAUGUAAUGUUUUACUGGUGGCCAGAUCAGACCGACUCCGACUCAUUCAAAAUGAGGCGAUAUUUCACAAUCGACUGGAUGGUGGC